UUUUAAUUUUCUCGUGAGAGUUGGAGACACUGCGACGGAAAUGAACAAGUCUUGCAUGUCUCCUUUUUAAUGUAUCGUGUUACCAGCUUGUCUCCUUUUUAAUGUGUCGUGUUACCAGCCAAUGAAAGAUGCAAACGCCUACAGUAGUCAGAAAGCAAAGGCGGUGCUCAAGGCAGCUAUGUUUUACAGAGGGGGUUUAUAAGAAUUGCGUUUACAGAACGUGAAAGAAAGCCAAGUUCAAAAAACAGAGUUUUACUACAAGAUUUUCCUGAACAGGAACUUACUAAAACAACAGAAGUAAUUUCGCGUUUAAUAGUUCAACAUUGUUAUAAUUGGAGCAGGAUAUACCAUCCACCUGGAACAGCAUGGCCCAGUGGCAUAGCCUGCAGCAGCUGGACUCGGCAUACCUCCAGAAAGUGGACGAGCUGUAUUUUGGAGAGGACUUCCCCAUGGCUGUGAGGCACUACCUGUCUUCCUGGAUUGAGAGCCAGGACUGGGAGAAAGCUUCCCGGGAUGUGUCAGUAGCGAGCAUCCUAUUCCAGAACCUGCUGGAGAACCUGGAUAUCCAGUACAGCCGCUUCGGCCAGGAGAGCGAAUCCUUUCUGCUGCAGCACAACUUCCGCAGCUUCAAGCAAAACUUCCAGGCAACUUAUCAGGACAAUCCACGUGAAAUGGCCUUUAUUAUCAGCAAGCUUCUCAUGGAAGAAAAGAAUAUAUUAAAUGCUGUGCUACUUGCUCAGGAGGUUCAGAAUUUGCAGGUUCAACCGAACCCCAUGGAGACUGAGAGUCAGCAGGAUGUUCAGAAGAAGAUACUGGAGCUAAAAAGCAAGGUGCUGGAUAUGGAACAUCAUGUGAAAUCCUUGGAGGAGCAGCAAGAUGAAUUUGAUUUCAAGUAUAAGACCCACAAUUUAGAAGGACACACUGAGCAGGAGAGGAAAGAGGAGAUGAGGGUACUACAGGACCUGCUGAAUAAACUGAAUGAGUCCAGGAAGAACCUCCUGGUGGGCAUACAGAAUAUCCUGGCGAUCGCGGACGCCUUGCUGGUCUCGCUGGUGAGAGAGGAGCUGGUGGACUGGAGGAGACGGCAGCAGAAGGCCUGCAUCGGAGCACCGGAGAACGUGUGCCUCAACCAGCUCGAACAAUGGUUCACUGUGAAUGCAGAGUGUUUGUUUCAUCUCAAGAAGAUCCUGAAGAAGCUGGAGGAGCUGUGUGCGAAGGUGACCUACGACGGAGACCCUUUCAAGACAGAGCGGCCGGCCCUGCAGAAGAGAGUGGACCAGCUGCUCACUGAUCUGCUCCAGAGUGCUUUUGUGGUGGAGAGCCAGCCUACCAUUCCUCUAGGCAAGGGACCACUAGCCUUGAGAACCAACGUGCAGUUCUCUGUGAAAACCAGACUUUUGGUGAAAAUUCCGGAAAUGAACCACUUAAUGAAAGUUACAGCCAUGAUUGACAAGGAUGUGCAGCAAGUAAAGGGGUAUCGGAGAUUCAACAUCCUGGGAACGAACAGCAAAGCUCUGAAUAUGGCAGAGAGCACCAGCGGGAGUAUGGUAGCUGAGUUCAGACAUCUGACACUCAAAGAACAGAAGGCAGGCUGCGGAGGCAAAGGCAGUAACGAUGGGGCCCUGAGUGUGACAGAGGAGCUUCAUAUCAUUAGUUUUGAAGCUCUGUUUGAACGUCACGGUCUUUCUGUGAAACUCCAGGCCUCCACUUUGCCAGUGGUCAUUAUCUCCAACUCCAGCCAGCAGCAGAGUGCCUGGGCCUCAGUGCUGUGGUUCAACAUGCUGUGCACCGACCCCAAGGGCCUGUCUUUCUUCUCCAGCUCUCCCGUCGCUACCUGGCCUCAGCUCUCGGAGAUGUUGAGCUGGCAGUUUCUCUCCGUCACCAAGAGAGGUCUGAAUAAGGAGCAGCUGCGCAUGCUGGCUGAAAAACUCUUUGGGCGCCAGCUGAGCUAUGAAAACUGCCGUCUUCCUUGGGCCAGAUUUUCCAAGGAGAACUUUCAGAACAACAACUUCUCAUUCUGGGCCUGGAUUGACGGGAUACGGACUCUGGUGAAGAGCUACCUGGAAGACCUGUGGAAUGAAGGGUACAUCAUGGGGUUUGUGAGCAAAGGGAAGGAGAAGACUCUGCUCAAGAAACAACAGCACGGCACCUUCCUGCUUCGCUUCAGUGAGAGCUGCAAGGAUGGGGCUAUUACCUUCUCUUGGGUCGACCACUUCUCCAAUGGGAAGAGCAACGUGCGUACUGUGCAGCCCUUCACUAAGAACGACCUCUCCCAGAUUCCCUUCGUGGAAAUCCUCAGGAAUUUCCAGAUCCUGGUGGAUGAGAACGUUCCAGAGAACCCUCUGAAGUUCCUGUACCCCAACAUCCCCAAAGAUGAUGCGCUCUGGAAGUACUAUGCAGAGAACGACGCAGAUGGAGAAAACCCUUAUAAAAAAUACAUCAAAACCAAAUUGAUUAUCGUCACCUCAGACAAAUCAAACGACGUUCAGUCGGCUCAGUCUACAGAUACUAUAAACGACUCCCUAGCCACUCCUGACUGUCCAGGGGAUGCUCUGCCACAGAGCACUGGCUGCGCAACACAAAAUGAAGAAGCACCACCUGUAACUGAAGCCAUGCAGCUGACCCCCUCUGAUGAGCUGGUGAAUGAUCCCUGGUUGAGCAAUAUAUUCCCGCAAAACCACAUUGACCUGGACAACACAGACUUCUUCCACCAGGAUUUGGAUGAUAAUUCAGUUUAUCCAGUGGGAAUUGACAGUUCUUCAAUAGAGGACCAUCCCUUCACCUCUGAAUUUUUCUGUUCCAACCCUCUUCCCACACCAGUAACCACAGUCACAACACCAACACACUUUAAUGCUGUCGGCUAUGACCAAUCACCACUAUUGCUACACUAUUAGUGUGGAGUUCCGUAGACGAUACUUCACUGAAACUGUGCAUUAAAACCGUAUUACGGUAUAUAAUUAUCGUUAAGUAUCUAUUUAGCGCAUCUACUUAUGUUCAAUAACCUUUUGCUCUGCGGAUCUAGCUUGGCCAUUUGCAGCAUGUUGGAUGUUUUCAGCAAUUUCUUUAAUAGGGACCUUAUUUGAAUUUCAAUGCUGAAAGGUCCCUGUUUUGAGGACCAGCGUAUCCCCUGUUCUCCUGGCUGACCCGCUCAUAGUGCAUUACGUUGUAAGGUGGUGGAAUUCCCAUUAAAUCCGUAUUCCCAGUUAAUGGAAUCAGAACACAAAUAUCUAUCUGUAUUUUGAUUUAUUCCACUGAGUUGUUAUGUUUUAAGUGUCCAGUAGGGGGCAGUGGGGAGUAUACCUAAGGUUAGUUCUUGGUGUAAAGCAGGAUUUACUUGAGUAACCACUUCGGCAAUUUGUACCAUUUUAUCAUCCUUUUCAGAAACUCUUUGAAAACACAAAGCUGUGACUGUAAUAGAGUACACCAUUUUUUAAGUUCCAUAAAUAAUGCUACUCUUCACGAAACCUCCGUUUUGUGCCUACUGUCUUAAACUACUUUAUAAAAGUUGACGUAUGUACAUCAACACCACCUGCUGGACAUUUAACACAUUUCAGCUCCCUCAGAGGAAUUACAGUAAAUCUGACUGCUGUGUAACAUUAGUCGACGGAUACCAAAUUAUACACACUACCUGAUUUAACACAGGGACAUGGUAUGUUUUUAUUGUUAUUGUUAAGCGCAAAGCACUUUUUAAAAACAAAAUUGUAUGAUCAAAGCUUUUAUGAAUUCCCAUUCUCCAGUAUUGAAAAUGACUCUUGUGAUUUAUAUUCCCUAUUCUGUAGUCUAUAAAUCCCAAUCCCCGAUUCUAACUUCCAUGAAGUCAUGUAAGAUUACCGUUUAAAACCCCACAACCCUGCAAUCUAAAAUACUAACAAUGUUAAACUACAAUGAAACAUUGAUUAAAUCUCAAACAAAAGCACAUUCCCCAAACAUAUAAAAUAAUAAAAAGUUAUUAUAAACUUGUAGCAGCAGGAAACAUUUUCUAAUCAUGUGCUGUAGCCCAUGCUGUCUAGCUGCAAUUAGCCCAUGUGACCUACAGCAAAGGAAACUGGAGUCGGCAGUAUUUGCAUAUCAUAAAUUAGCAUAAAGAAAAAAAUAUUCUAGGCACAAUAAAAACCAGCAAUAAUGUUCAUAAAGCUGGUAAGAAAAUGGAUAGCACUCUUAAAUAAAUAAUAAAUUCUAACCGCUGCAAUAGGUUUGAUUUAAAUACAAACGUAGCCAAAGUAGUGAGGUUGCUGUGAAAACUUGUACUUCCGCACGUUAAAGUUUAAAGAUAUAGUUCACAGUGACCUGCUUAAUCUUGUAUAAAUUAACACAAGCUGUCAUUCAACAUGCACAGCUAAAUCAGGGUAGCUAAAAAAAAGUGUUUGGAAUCAAAUCAAGUGGAAUAGCUGAUGUUUACCCAUUGUUUACAUUUUUUACUGCUUUAAAAAAUAAAACUACUCUCCUGCUUGCAGUUCCUAAGUCUCACAGUAGCUCAGUUCUGCUUGCAGUUCCUAAAUCUCACAGUAGCGCAGGUCUGCUUGCAGUUCCUAAAUCUCGCAGUAGCUCAGGUCUGCCUGCAAGCGAGGAAUUCUAGGCAAGGAUUCGAGAAGCAAUGACCUCAAACAGCAAAAAUAAUUCCAUUUGAAUUGUCGGUACUUGAAACCGAGUAGUGCAUACUGGUGUGCACAUACACACGUAACAAAAAAAAAAAGAUUUACACACAAAAUUAAACUGAUGAUAAAAAUCAGUCAUACAAACACAGAAUCUACCUGUAUUCUGGGCAAGACACUUUAAAAAUAAGAUCCAAAACCAUAAUUCUAAGCUAAAAGUUGUGUGUGUAUAUAAAUAUUAUAAAUGGUGAGUCUUAAACCAGGUACCAAUGUAAUAAUGGGGCAAAAUGGAUAUCUUGAAUUUUAUUUUAUUGGUCAUGGUCAUAGCAUAUCAACUUUAGUAGAAACUGACACCCCACCACCACCACCAUUAACAAAGAUCUCUUUAGCGCAUGUAAAUAUCCUCCAGGCUCUUGUUCUGUUUUAAGCUGAGAGUUUGGAGUUGGCAUUUUCAUUCCUGGCAAACAUUUCACCAUCUCAUCUUCCCCAUCAAUGGUUAAGUUUAAACAUUUCCCAGUUUGUUGCAGAACAGAUGUAUUUUGAUAAUUUUUUGACCCAACUCUCCAAGUCUAUGGAGCAAGGAUGGGUCUAGCAUGCAGCCAAUACUAAUUUGUAAAAUAAAUCCUAAGAAAAUGUUUCAAAUUGGCACUUUCACACUGAUUUAUUACAAUAUUUUGUCAACCGUUUUAAAAUCACACAUCAAAUUGCUAACACGCUCUUAAGAGAAAACAUAUACAUAUGUACAAUGUAUAUAACAAAUGAUAUGGAUCUAGAUGGUGCUAAACUUUGGGCUGUGGAUGUGGAAAUGCAGUACUGAACCUAAAGUAUUGAUCAGACCGGAAAUGAGAGCGUGUUAAAUAUAUUUGCUGGGAAUAAAUCAUUUUAACAUUGACUACCACUGGAAGGGGCAACACAAAACCACUAUGAACUGAUAAAAAGGAACAAACUGUCCUAUUGUUUGUUAUAUAUAUAUAGUGCGCCAGUAAAGUACUCACGCUCUCACUCUGUCUGCAAGCCACAAUAAACCUGUUUCAUGACCCCUCUAA